UUGUUAUUAUUGUUUCGGCGGUGGAUCCGUCUCCAGUCUCUCGGUCUUCAGCUCCUUCGCUCAACCCCUCUCUCCACCAAAAUGGCUGUCGCAUCCUUCUCCACUGCGACUCCCACACUCUCCCGAUGCCUCUUCAAGCUCAACGCCGGGUCCUCCGCUGCCUUGGCUUCUGCCUUGCCGCCGCGCCCUUCACUCCAGGGCUUCCAGCGAUGGCGCCGGGUGAGCGGCAUCGUCAGGGCGGAGGAGAAGGCCAAGAACGCUGCCUUUCCGUCCUCUCCGGUGCCUGGAAAAGACCGUGGAGAUUACGAGGAACUGACAAGUGGAUCUAGAGAUUGUGAUCCUUUAUGUUCUCUCGAUGAAGUGAGCUCACGGGACUUUGAAGAAAGUUACCAACCAAAGACUGAUUUGGUAAAAGCUCUUAGUAUUCUUGCAGCUACUUUAGCAGGAGCAGCUGCAAUCAAUCAUUCUUGGGUUGCUUCUAAUCAGGAUCUUGCUAUGGUGUUGGUAUUUUCAAUUGGUUAUGCUGGCAUCAUUUUUGAGGAAUCAUUAGCCUUCAACAAGAGCGGAGUUGGAUUGUUGAUGGCUGUUUGCUUAUGGGUCAUUCGAAGCAUUGGGGCUCCAUCAACUGAGAUAGCUGUUUCAGAAUUAAAUCACGCAUCUGGUGAAGUCAGUGAAAUUGUGUUCUUCCUUUUUGGUGCAAUGACGAUAGUGGAGAUUGUUGAUGCACAUAGAGGAUUCAAGCUAAUUACUGACAGUAUUACCACUCGCAAGCCUCGUACUCUCCUCUGGGUGGUGGGUUUUGUGACUUUCUUUGUGAGCUCAGUUCUGGAUAAUCUAACAUCGACAAUUAUUAUGGUUUCCUUGUUAAGGAAGCUAGUACCACCAUCAGAAUACAGAAAAUUAUUAGGUGCUGUCAUUGUAAUAGCAGCCAAUGCUGGAGGUGCAUGGACACCCAUAGGCGAUGUAACCACUACUAUGUUGUGGAUUAAUGGUCAAAUUUCCACUUUGCACACUAUGCAGGAUUUAUUUGUACCUUCAGCCAUUUCUUUAGCUGUUCCACUGGCUUUGAUGUCCCUUACUAGCGAGGUCAGUGGUACAUCAGAGAAAGGUGUCAAUAUUUUAGCUUCCGAGAAAAUGGCUCCUAGAGGACAGCUUGUUUUUGCUGUUGGCAUAGGAGCAUUACUGUUUGUUCCGGUGUUCAAGGCUAUUACAGGCUUGCCACCUUACAUUGGUAUGCUUCUUGGACUAGGAGUCCUAUGGAUUUUGACCGAUGCAAUUCACUUUGGUGACAAUGGAAGACAAAAACUGAAAGUACCGCAAGCCUUAUCUCGUAUCGAUACACAAGGAGUCCUCUUCUUUUUAGGGAUUCUUUUAUCAGUAAGCAGCUUGGAGUCUGCUGGAGUCCUGAGGAAUUUGGCGAAUUACCUUGAUGCACAUAUCCCAAAUGUUGAAUUGAUUGCAAGUGCAAUCGGAGUGGUCUCAGCAAUCAUAGACAAUGUUCCGCUUGUCGCAGCAACAAUGGGGAUGUAUAACCUGACGUCGUUUCCUCAGGACUCGGAGUUCUGGCAGCUUGUGGCCUUUUGUGCUGGAACCGGGGGUUCCAUGCUUAUCAUUGGGUCUGCAGCCGGAGUUGCAUACAUGGGAAUGGAGAAAGUGGAUUUCUUUUGGUAUCUUCGCAAGGUGAGCGGUUUUGCUUUCGCCGGUUAUACUGCUGGAAUCGUGGCAUACGUAGCGGCUCAUAACCUACAUCUCACUCUCCCAACCUCCUUGGCUGAGCUCCCAUUUCUUUCAGGAUUUUAGAUCCUUCACCGCAUUGUCAUCAACUGUUGUACAAGGUGGUCAAUUUUGAAGUUGCUAGGUCACUGAUGACUAGAGUUUUAAGUUCUUCGCUACCAUACAACUCUAGAUAUCAAUCGAUCAUUGUAAUACUAGAAGUGGUUCAUCUCUUGUGGCUAUGCAAUAUAGUUUCCUGAGGACAUCAGGUUUUAUAAAUGUUGUUGAAUUCAUUCAAUGAAUGUUUUUUUUUUUCUGUUUCGAAUGCAUUCAAGGAA